AUGAAAAACCACUGGUCCAUCACAAGGGUUGAAGGUGAAAAGCGUGAUGAGGCAUUUGCCUUUAUCGCGGCGCAGUUUGAACAACAUUUCGGUGCAAUUAUCAGCGAUGACAGCGAUGAGCUUUAUGCCAUUUAUAACAACUGUGGUGAGCUGGAUGCUGCAUUCGGCCUGAACCGGUGCCGGGAAAAAUUCUUCAGUAACCACUAUAUCGACAAUUUAAAUCUGCGUCUGCAGGACACCUUUCCUGACCUGCUAAGCACCGAUAAAACUGUCGAAUUUGUGCAUUUUUCAGUCCGCACGCCGCGUCUGGUUUGCCAGUUACUGCCCUGUCUGGCGGAGUUUCUGUCUAUGCAGACAGAGUUACUCGUCUGUACCGCAACCCGCGAACUGGCCGCGUUUUUCGAGCGCAAGGGCAUUGCCCCUCACAUUCUGGGUAAAGCAUCACUCCAGCAGCUUCCACCGAACCUGCAACACGGCUGGGGCAGCUACUACGAACACGCGCCAACCGUGCGGGCAGAAUCUAUGCUUAAAAAGAAACUACUUGCUCAUGUGCCCGCCAGCGCCUGCCUCAGCGACGGGCAUAACACCUGGUCGUUGACUGAUCUCAAAAGCGCAGCAACGAGCUGGAUUAACAAGCUGGACGAGCUUAACGUCCGGCGGGUAGCUUUCGAUCUACCCAACGGCUUCGACUGGGCUGCUCUGGACAUCGCUCUGCUGGAAUCUGACAGAGUUGCGAUACCUAUCCCAUCGUUUUUCAGCACAACCCAGCGCAAUCACACGUUAAAAGCCUCUGGUGCUGAGGUCAUGAUCACGCUGAGCGAAAGCGCAGCAGGCGCGCACUCGGGAACAGAGGUCGAUUUCAAACGUUUCGACAUCGCGCAUAGGUUUGAUGCUGAAGAUGUGGCACUACCCGCGGGAACUGCGCUGGUGACUUUCACGUCCGGCAGCACAGGUGAACCUAAAGGUGUCUGUCUUAGCGCAGAAACGUUACUGCAAACGGCCAACAGCCUGUAUGAGACGCUGAAAGAUCAGGAGAUACAGCAGCAUCUGUGUGUGUUACCCCUGACACUGCUGCUGGAGAACACCGCAGGCCUGUUUGCCAAUCUCCUCAACGGCAGCACUAUAUACGUGCCCGAUCUGGCUGAAAUUGGCGUUCAAGGCAGUAGCCAGGUGGACGUGGGCCAGUUCGUGAAGGGGAUUGAAACAUUUGGUCCGGACAGCAUCAUCGUUGUGCCUGCCCUUCUGCUUGCAAUCACCGCUUCAGCUGAAUUUGGCCUGGUGACCUUUAAACACUUUAAAUUUGUAGCCGUGGGCGGCGGCCGCGUGACCCCGGAACUGCUGCAUCGGGCCGCGCAGCAGAACAUUCCUGUUUAUGAGGGUUAUGGGUUAACCGAGUGCGGCAGCGUGAUCACACUCAAUACACCCACGGCACAGAAAAUCGGCAGCGUUGGAAGAUUGUUACCCCAUGUUAAAGCCUGCAUUGAAAACGAAGAGCUGAUUGUCACUCACCCACGCAUGCUGGGCAUCAUCGGUGACCUGGAUACAUGCACAAAGGUUGCAACCGGCGACCGUGUUGCCAUAGACGCAGACGGCUACGUGACCGUUUAUGGACGUCUUAAAAACACCUUCAUUACCGCCUACGGACGCAACGUGUCACCGGAAUGGGUUGAAAGCGAAUUGCAGAAUGAACUGUGUAUCAGCCACGCCGCGGUGUUUGGCGAAGCGGCGCAAAGCAACACAGCGCUGCUGUUGCCAAGAGGUGAGCCCACUGAUGCUGAACUCGACGCGGCGGUCAGCGCCAGCAAUCAGCGACUGCCUGACUACGCACAAGUCGGCGCAUGGUAUCGCGUGACUGCUGCAGACAUGAACAACUACAACGGUCUGACCAGCAACGGGCGCGUACGCCGACAGGCCUGGCAGGAUCUAUUCAACCACCUGACACAACCUGAAAAAAUUGGAGUCACCCUUUGA